GGAGAACCAGGUCCCUCCCUCCGGCCGGGCGGGGAGGGGCGGGCGCGGGCGCGGGUGGGGCGGCUGUGGCGUCCAGGGCCUGUGCUGGGGACGGCCGGCCGGCGCCUGGGACCCGGAGGGACUCUGGUGCCGGGACAGCAUGUGACACUGCCCAGGAUUCAGCCCCGAUGGAGGCUGCGGAGCCGCGGAGUGGAGCACCGGCUCCCAUUCCUGCUGUAGCAGAAUUCAGUGUCAUCCCUGAAGCUCUCGUGAGAAGCAGCCAGCCCCCUGCCGUGGGGCCCAAAGCACAAGAAGGCCGGGACCCAUCCUAUACGUGGGCAGAGGAAAGCAGACUCUGGGAGACCCAGCGGAGAGAUUUAAGAGAUGUGAAUGACUGUGCAACUGAGAGUAUGACCUCCUUCCCCCAGGAGGCCCCUUUGGAUGUGGAGACCAAGCAGGAAAACCUUAUGGCCGAGGCCUGGGACACCCCAGAGUGCCAGGAGGCAGUGCCCGCGAGCCUGGCAGACAGACAGGCAAGGACACCAGCUCCUCCAGAGCACUGGGCCUGCCCUGUCCAGGGUAAACAUCUGGGCAUGGCCCCACUAGGCAGCGAGCUGCGCAGCCGCAUGGAGGUGGAACUCGGACCAGAAUUCCCUUCGCUGACGGUGGGGGCUGGACAAGCAGCAGAGAAAGAGGAGCCUUCUCCAGAUGCCUCUGCCCGGGCCAGACGCUCGUCUUCCUGUGAAGAGCACCUUGUAGGGACCAGCGCCCUGCGGGACCCUGGAAGGGGGACUGCCAGGCAGGGCGAGGAGCUGCAGGAAAGUCAAGGGAAAGAAAGGCUUUUGUGUCCCCGGGAGGCCAAGGGGCUGGAGGUGCAGGGACAAGAAGAGGGGGAAGUCCUGGGGGAGGCUGUGUGUUCUGAGGGGCUUCUGGGGGAGCAGGAACAGAUGGGGGAGCAGGUUAAUGGCACACAGGGAGGACAGAGGCAAAAACAGGGACAGAUGCAAGAUGAUAUGGUGCUUGCAAAACAAGGAGAAAGGGAGGAGCCUAAUGAGAAAUCAGGAGGUGUGAAUUGUGAUGAGUGGGAGGGGAGGACUCGGGGCCAGGAAGAUCUGGAAGUGGGUGAACAGAGGAAGAGGGAGUUGAAGGGGCCUGAGGAGAGUAGGAUGGGUGCUCAGUACCAGGAGUAUCAAAGCUUAGCCAGGAGGUCAGUGAACGUACCUGGAAGGCAAGAUCAAGAUCUGCCAGGGACACUGAUGCCAGAGGAGGAGGAAGAGGAGGCAGAAGAUUGGGAUGGGGCCACACUGGGGGGAGUGCGAGGAGAGAGGAUUGCAGAGGAGGGGGAAGAGCAUGAUGGUCUUCCCCCACUAGCCCCCAAGGUUUAUUCUCCCUGUGACUUGUUCCCAGAUGCUUGUAAUGCCAGGAUUCCUGGUUCUCAGACAGAGUUUAGGGGUGAGGAGCUUUGUCCCAUAGCUCAGACUCCCACCCUGGAGCCAAUAGGAUGUAACUGUCAGUCCAAUCCUUCACCUCGCUUCUUUCCUGCUGGGGGGCCACCUGCUCAAGAAAUAGCUCGGGACCCCCAGCCAGAGGGUUCCCAGUUGGGGACAGGGACAGCAUCCAGUGGGAGGCCCCACGUGGCCUCUGCUGGUGCACCUGAAACUUCUCCAAACUCAUCAGAUUCAGCUCCCUCCCCAUUUGCUGAAGUCUCCCCCAGCAGAGCCGCCUUGCUGGCUGCCAGCCCCCCAAUUGCCAUCCCCAGGACAAAGGCCUCUCUGGCUGCAUAUUCUCCAGAAACCACCAGAGCCUCUUUCUCCACUGACAUCCCAUCUGCCUGUGGGGCUUCUGAGACUCUCCUGGCAGCCCUCCCCGGCUCCCCCUCUUCAGAGGCUACCGUGGACCCACAUGGAAGCUCCAAUGGGGCCAUUCCUCAGAGCCCCCUAGCUGACUUCACAGGGGCCAUCCAGCACCUAUUGAGCAGCUCUUUCCCGGGCUCUCACAGGACACAGCUGGCUCCGGACCUGGUGGGACGAUCACUUUCCUUCUCUCAUUCAGGGUUGCCUCAGAGACCUCCCAAAGCUGCCAUCCAUGGCUCUGUGAACCCAAGAAGGGACAGGAGAAGCAGUAGAGACUGCAGCGUUAUUCCAGAAUUCCCUAGUUCAUUGUCCACUCUGGGGCAUGACUCUGGAGACUUUACCUCUGAUCCACACAGGCCCAGCAGUCCCCACAGCAGCCAGCCAUGGGGCUCCCCACAUAAUUCAUCCUUUACCCCAGGGUCUCCCAUAUAUGGCUCUUCACCUGUCUUCAUAGAUACCAGACUUCAUGAACCUCCACCUCCUGCUCCUCCAAAGAAGAGGCACGUCCACGCCUCCGCGGUGGAGAGAGACGGCCAUCCCAGUGCAGCGGUCCCCACACUGAGGCACUGUAGCUACCCUCCAUUGGCCCUAAGUUCAGGGCUGUGUGGCCCCCCCAAAGUUCCACUUCCUGAAAUUCCUGACCCCCAUGUGGCAAGGCAGUACCGACCUCUGCCCUCUACCCCAGAUGAUUCCCACCAUAGUCGGACUUCUUCCUCCCCAAGGCUGAGAUACAACAAGCCAUUACCCCCAACUCCUGAUUUGUUUCAGCCCCACCAUUCUCCCGUUUCUCAUAAUAGUCCAAGGAUCUACAGGCCUCUACCCCCUGUCCCUGUCAUAAAUCCCCUCACCGAACCACCACCAUUACCCCCGAAGGCCAGAGGGAGGAACAAGAGCCUUCAGGGAGCACUCAUGAAUUCAGGGGGUCAAGCCAAGCCCAGGCCUGUUGGUCAAGAGUGGGCAGUCUCCAGUCCCCACUCUGGAGGACGUACUUCCUGGCCCCCAGCCAUGGGCAGAUCAACAGACUCUUUGGCUUCCGCCAGUAGGAGAAAGAGUGAAGUAUCCCCUGACAUAGCUUUCAGCAACAUGACGAGCCUUCUGAGUCCCUCUUCCCCAGACACCCCCUGGACUAUGGGUCUCCAGGAACCCACCUCUGCACCAGGGCUCUCAGAAGAGUCAGAGGCCCCUGCCAAAGGAUCUUUAAGAAGAACAGACCCUCAGGAAGGAGCCAGUAGCCUGAGGAGGUCGGAUAUAGGUCGAACAAGGCAGCCUGAAAAACCCAGCCAUCCCCACCUGGAGAAGGCAUCCAGCUGGCCCCACAGGCGGGACUCAGGGAGACCACCACAGGGCAGUGGUGAACAGGCUGCCAUCUCUGGUGAGGGCUCCAGUAAGCACAAGGGCUGGCAUCGGCAAGGCCUGCGCAGACCUUCCAUCUUACCUGAGGGCUCUUCAGAUUCAAGAGGCCCAGCCACGGAAAAGCCCCCUGGCCCUUCAGACUCCAUUGUUUUUCGGGAGAAAAAGCCAAAGGAGGUGAUGGGAGGCUUUUCAAGACGCUGCUCAAAGCUCAUCAACUCCUCCCAGCUGCUUUACCAGGAGUACAGCGAUGUGGUUCUAAACAAGGAGAUUCAGAGCCAGCAGCGGCUGGACAGCUUGGCAGAGGCCUCUGGGCCCGCCUCCCCCCGGCAGCCCCGAAAGGCCCUGGUGUCCUCAGAGUCUUACCUGCAGCGCCUCUCCAUGGCCUCCAGGAGCUCCCUCUGGCAGGAGAUCCCUGUGGUGCGCAAUAGCACUGUGCUGCUCUCCAUGACCCAUGAAGACCAAAAACUGCAAGAGGCCAAAUUUGAGCUGAUUGUGUCAGAGGCUUCCUACCUGCGCAGCCUGAACAUAGCUGUGGAUCACUUCCAGCAUUCACCCCAGCUCCGGGCUAUCCUUUCCAACCAAGACCAGCAGUGGCUCUUUUCUCGUCUACAGGACGUGCGUGAUGUCAGUGCCACGUUCCUUUCAGACUUGGAGGAGAACUUUGAGAACAACAUCUUCACCUUCCACGUGUGUGAUGUAGUCCUGAACCAUGCCUCCCACUUCCGCCGGGUCUACCUGCCUUAUGUCACCAACCAGACCUACCAGGAACGCACCUUCCAAACUCUGCUGAGCACCAACAGCAGCUUCCGCGAGGUCCUAGAGAGGCUGGAGAGUGACCCUGUCUGCCAGCGCCUGUCCCUCAAGUCCUUUCUGAUCCUGCCAUUCCAGCGCAUCACCCGUCUCAAACUGCUGCUCCAGAACAUUCUGAAGAGAACACAGCCUGGCUCCUCAGAGGAAGCAGAGGCCACAAAGGCGCACCAUGCUCUGGAGGAGCUGAUCCGAGACUGCAAUAACAACGUCCAGAGAAUGCGCCGGACGGAGGAGCUCAUCUACCUGAGCCAGAAGAUUGAGUUUGAAUGCAAGAUAUUCCCGCUCAUUUCACAGUCACGCUGGCUGGUGAAGAGUGGCGAGCUGGCUGCCCUGGAGUCCAGUGUCUCUCCAGGGCUGCGAAGGAAACUGAACACACGUCCAGUCCACCUGCAUCUCUUCAAUGACUGUCUGUUGCUGUCUCGGCCCCGAGAGUCAGUGAUUGGAAUGGGAGGACAGAGCACAAGAGGAAAAUGGGAGAGGGGUGGCCGAUUCCUGGUGUUUGACCAUGCUCCCUUCUCCUCUAUUCGGGGAGAAAAGUGUGAAAUGAAGCUACAUGGACCUCACAAAAACCUCUUCCGACUCUUCCUGCUGCACAACACGCAGGGCACCCAGGCCGAGUUCCUCUUCAGCACGGAGACUCAAAGUGAAAAGCUUCGAUGGAUCUCUGCCUUGGCCAUGCCCAGAGAGGAGUUGGACCUUCUGGAGUGUUAUGAUUCCCCACAAGUGCAGUGCCUUCGAGCCUACAAACCUCGAGAGAAUGAUGAGUUGGCUUUGGAGAAAGCAGACGUGGUGAUGGUGACUCAACAAAGCAGUGAUGGCUGGCUGGAGGGCAUGAGACUCUCAGAUGGGGAGCGAGGCUGGUUUCCUGUGCACCAGGUGGAGUUCAUUUCCAACCCAGAGGUUCGUGCACGGAACCUGAAGGAAGCCCAGCGAGUCAAGACGGCCAAACUACAGCUGGUAGAACAACAGACCUAGCUAUUCUCUGGAAGGACUCCCCUGAGCUUAAGGACAAGUUGUUCUUGGAGAGGGCUGGCCCUACAACCCUGCAACAGAGGCCUUCUGUGGACCAAGAACUAGACCUUCUGAGAGCCCAAGAACAAAAUCCAACUACCAAUCACUAGACCCCACCUCCCACCCCCCACUCCCCGCCUCCUUUUUUGUGCUUUGUGCUUGGUUGGGGAUUUUGAGGGACUUUGCGCCGGACUCUGGAAACUUGUUCUCAUAGGAAAAGGAUCCAGUGGGGCCUACACCAAGGAACUAUCCUUCUUCUACCAUAUAGUACUUAAACAUUCUCUUCCAGUGUGCAGAUUCAGAGCUGGCCAGAGUGUCCAUCGUGGCUGUGGUAAACAGAAUCUGACCACAGUCCACUGAAGGGAGAUGUUUAAGAGGGAUUAACAUGUCAGCUGGGAGGGUCAACCUGGUGACCUCUAAGGUAUCUUCCAACUAUAACAAUUUUCCAUGAUUGUCGGUAUGAGGUAGUGCAUGCAACUCUGGGAUCUACUGGUGGCGAUGUGAGGGGGAUUCUCUCUCACUCUAAUAAACUUGGCACUACUCGA